AUGAAACGCUCCUCGUCAGAAUUCGAUGAAUCCUCUUCUGCUGGCGAACGGUCCUUCUCCCCAUCUUUCUCGCCAUCGACACCUUUGAAAAAGGUCAAGAAAGAGUCCAAGGACAGCUCGAAGACCCCUUCAACGUUCUCGCCAAAACUCAAACUGCCUCAGAGUAACAAACAAGCUAUCGCGAAGGAGAUUAUCAGCAAGGGUGUGCAGAGUAUCGAUCUGGAAGCGCUCAUGGCAAUCACUGGUUUGACGAAGCAGCAGAUCAAGUCCCAGCUCGCCCUGAACCGAAACAACAUUCGAAAACAGCUCAUGGAUCUCGCACAGACGUUGGCUUGA